UUGCUGACAUAUUUACCGGCUUUGCAGUUCCUGAUUCAAGAUGACUAAGGGAACCUCCAGCUUCGGAAAGCGCCACAACAAGUCGCACACUCUGUGCAGACGGUGCGGCCUGCGAUCCCUCCACAUCCAGAAGCACACAUGCGCUUCGUGCGGUUACCCAGCUGCCAAGAUGCGCAAAUAUAACUGGAGUCAAAAGGCCCUUCGACGAAGAACCACGGGUACCGGCCGUAUGCGUUACCUCAAGUCUGUCGACCGCAAGUUCAAGAACGGAUUCCAGACCGGUGCUCCCAAGGGUGCCCGGGGCCCAGAGAAGGCAUAGACAAUUUCAACCCUCCUUUAUAUCCCCCCCUCUCUUUCCUUCGGAGUUCGAUGAAGAUG